AUGGGCGAUGCCGGCAUGGGACUGAACGUCUCUCCUCCUGACAACACUGCUCAGCAGGACUCUCUCUUCAGCAUGACGGAUGUGUUUCUCAUCUCGCUCAUCACCGGGGUUUUUACUUACUGGUUCUUCUUCCGCAAGAAAAAGGAGGAAGUCCCAGAACUCCCCAAAAUGCCAUCAGUAGCAGCUCCAGUGAGAGACAGCAGCUUCAUUGAGAAGAUGAAGAAGACGGGGCGAAAUAUAGUGGUUUUCUAUGGUUCCCAGACGGGUACAGCGGAGGAGUUUGCCAAUCGCCUCGCCAAAGAUGCUCAUCGCUAUGGCCUCCGGGGCAUGGCAGCGGAUCCAGAGGAGUAUGACUUGUCGGACCUGAGUCGCCUCUCUGAGAUUGACAAGUCCUUAGCUGUGUUCUGCAUGGCCACUUACGGCGAGGGUGAUCCCACAGAUAAUGCCCAAGACUUCUACGACUGGCUACAGGAGACUGACGCUGACUUGUCGGGUCUCCGAUUUGCAGUCUUUGGGCUGGGGAACAAGACUUACGAGCACUUCAAUGCCAUGGGAAAGUAUGUGGACAAGAGACUAGAGGAGCUUGGAGCCCAACGCAUCUUUGAACUUGGGCUGGGAGAUGACGAUGGCAACCUGGAAGAAGACUUCAUCACUUGGAGAGAACAGUUCUGGCCAGCAGUGUGUGAGCACUUCGGGGUGGAGGCUACAGGAGAAGAGUCCAGCAUCCGCCAGUAUGAGUUGGUGGUGCACACAGACGUGAACAUGAACAAAGUCUACACCGGGGAGAUGGGUCGUCUCAAGAGCUACGAGAACCAGAAGCCACCAUUUGAUGCCAAGAACCCCUUCCUGGCCCAGGUUACGGAGAACCGCAAGCUGAACGAGGGUGGAGAGCGACACCUGAUGCACCUGGAGCUGGAUAUCUCCAAUUCCAAAAUCCGGUAUGAGUCUGGGGACCAUGUGGCGGUGUACCCAGCCAAUGACUCCUCUCUGGUCAAUCAGAUUGGCGAGAUCCUGGGCACGGAUCUGGAUACAGUCAUGUCUCUAAACAACUUGGAUGAGGAAUCCAAUAAGAAACAUCCCUUCCCCUGCCCCACGUCCUACCGUACAGCCCUGACAUACUACCUGGACAUCACCAACCCGCCCCGCACCAACGUCCUCUAUGAGCUGGCCCAGUACGCCACGGACGCUGGCGAGCAGGAGCGCCUCCGCAAAAUGGCAUCGUCUGCUGCCGAGGGGAAGGCUCUCUACCUCAGCUGGGUGGUGGAGGCCCGGAGGAACAUCCUGGCCAUCCUGCAGGACAUGCCCUCGCUGCGCCCCCCCAUCGACCACUUGUGUGAGCUCCUGCCCCGCCUGCAGGCCCGCUACUACUCCAUCGCUUCCUCCUCCAAGGUUCACCCCAACGCCAUCCACAUCUGUGCUGUGAUGGUGGAGUACGAGACCAAGACAGGACGCCUGAACAAAGGGGUGGCCACCAACUGGCUCAAGAACAAAGUGCCCAACAAGAAUGGGAGCAACUCCCUGGUGCCCAUGUAUGUCAGGAAGUCGCAGUUCCGACUGCCCUUCAAACUCAGCACGCCUGUCAUCAUGAUCGGACCAGGGACAGGCAUAGCCCCUUUCAUCGGCUUCAUCCAGGAGCGGGCCUGGCUGAAGCAGCAAGGUGAGUGCCCAGGAACUUCCCUGGGGACUGGAGCUGCUGCAGAACGAUGCUCUGACUACCUGUACCGUGAGGAGCUGGCCCGCUUCCAUCAGGAGGGAGUCCUCACCCAGCUCAACGUUGCCUUCUCCAGGGACCAGGCUGAGAAGGUUUAUGUUCAGCACUUAAUGAAGAAGAACAAGGAGAGCAUCUGGAAGAUGGUUAAUGAGGGGAACGCUCAUAUCUACGUGUGCGGCGACGCUCGCAACAUGGCCCGGGACGUGCAGAACACCUUCUACGAGAUCGUGGCUGAGUUGGGGGACAUGAGCCAGCCCCAGGCCGUGGACUAUGUAAAGAAACUGAUGACGAAGGGCCGGUACUCCUUGGAUGUCUGGAGCUAA